GUCCAGUUGCCCUUGACUUUAACCUUUGUUGGAUAACUAUGACCUGGAUGACUGAGAAUCUUCAUAGACUGACAUCCUUUUUAUUAACACCAAAUGCACUGUGCAUAAACUUGCCAAAGAAACAUAGGUUUGUCACGGUCAGCCAUUUAUAUUGUUUACAUUUGGCGUCAUGCACCACCAUUCACCUGAAAUGCUUUCAGGUCGGAAAUUGGAUAUUUCAACUUGGAAAUUUCCCUGUUCCGACCGGUCUAGAACGCGGCAUACUGUAAGUCCAUGUUUUACACAGUCUAUGAUGAAAUCAGAUAAAUUGCAUGAAGUGAUGUCACUUGAAUCAGUGGUGGUUGGGGCUGAAGACUACAAGUUUAAAAAUCUAGGAACGAGGAGUUCGAAGGAAGUGAGCUUACAAGACCUCUGUAGUCCGCUCCUCAACUCUGCUUAAACUAGUGGGCCCGAACUGUGUGCAGUCAAGUUGCAUUGUGGGUACCAAGUUUUGACAAUGAAGAAACUGAACAUCAUGAUCCAACAAUGACAAAGGAGUGCAAUUUUGUUUUUACUUUCAACUGCUACUUUUGGGUCACACUGUAUAUGAUGUUCUCUGGACCUGGCUAUAUUAUUUAUUUAUUUUGGUGUCUUCUGUAAUUAUGUGCAUGACACAAUAAUAAAAAUUAAUUAAUUCGUUCAUUCUAAUUGUUGCUUGUACUAAAAAAAAGUGAAGUAAAGUCAAAGGCUAGUAGAUACAGAGAAAGGGAGAUGGAAAAACAGAGGGUAGGCUCUCCCCAACUUCUCUCUUUCUGUUUAAAAACAGGGCGGGAUGAGAGAAAGAAAUAGAUAGAUAGAGAGAGAGUGUGAUGGUAGUGCACCAGUGGACCACAGACGUUCUACCCUUAUCAGAGGCUCACCGUCCUGUUGUGUGAAUCCGCCCAUCAUAGGAAAUGAGUGCUUCCUGUUAUUUUAUAGAGCCUUCCUGCAAAAAGGUUGAGAUAUGUAAUCCGCACCCACCAGGGAAGACGGACAGAGCAUUGGCAGACAAAAUGACAGCCACUAGUUUCUCAUUUAUGUUUUCUGUGUGUUUUGUGACUCUUCUCAUCUGGGCAGGAUGCACAACAGUGGUUUGUCUGGUUAAUGAAAAGUCACUGGUGGAACCUACCACAACAACAGGUUAUCACUCAACAGGGACCACAAAUGCCAAUGCUACUUUUCUAGAUCAUCCUUUGUCAUUUGCUUGUGGGAAUAAUUCUCACCGUUGUGAGAAUUUUUGCGAAAUAUGUAAUUAUUAUCAAGGUGCACCAACAAUGGAUUGCCUUUCCAAACUGUUUGACUAUCUAUGUCUCUACAAUUUUGAAAGUGCAAUGAGCUCACUAAACAGCACUGGCUGGUGCCUUUGGGGCAAUGUCAGUGGAUUGUAUAGUAACCUAAGCCUUUGCACAGAGGAGAUAUCUGACUGUCUCUUGAUCCCAUGGCCCAACCCUCUGGUGGAACAGACCUUCGUGAACAUUCACACCCGGUAUUUCAAUGCUUGUCCCACAGAGGAGCUAAGCGACCCACAACCAGUCAUCGUCUUUGCGCUAGUGAUAACUCCCAUCUGCCUGAUCCCUGUCAUGGUUAGCCUAGUGGUGCUCAAGACCAAGAAUGGGGAUGGUAGCUCCUGAAAAUCCUAAUUUCCUGCGAUGCUCACAGUCACCAAGAAGACAAAAUCGUGUUUGGUUUCUGACCAAUGCUCUCCCUAUCCCAACCUGAGGACUAUAGCUUGUUUACACAUACGCUGCUGAUGUGCUUUCAACUCAUCAGUGACCUUACAGAGGACUUAAUCUUUCUGACAAGUGUACUUGCGCUUUACAACUUUUCUGAGAUAUCAGCCACAGAGGAAACGAGAAAAUGACACUGAUUUAGAGUGAAUGUCAUAAUCAGUGACAUCCCAAUUAUUGCAGCUGUUCUAUAACAGUACCAGACUGUGACAGAAGUUUUGUUUUCAACCACCUGAUUUAUAUAUUGGUCACAUCCAAUUUGCACACACUAUUCAGAAAACAGAGCUUGAUUUUUAUUUGAGAACCUAGAGAAACUAUAUUUGUGUUGACAGUCCUCAUUAUGUUGGACAACAGUUGUGUUGAUAAGAAAAACAAAGAAAAAGUAUUUUUUAUUGCUACUGAGCAAACUUAACUCUGCUUUGAGCCACUAAUUGGACAAUUGGACAAUGUAUGCAGAGGACAUGUGUGACCUAAACUGCUUUUAAGUCUGCAGGUAUGUGUCCAUGUUAGAUCUAUGAAAAGGGUCCUCUGUAUGUGCAAAGGGAGGGAUAAAAAAAUUAGUAUAAUCUGAUGCAUGGAUCUGGUUAUGUGAGUCAUAGUGUAUGUAAGGUUUGGGGACAGAGGUUGCAGAUGAGUGGGUAUGCUCAGAACAGUAAGAAAUCCUUUAGUACUGUCCUCUGUCCAAAUAGUGAAAAUCUUCAUGAUCAUAUGAGCUAAUUGAAGUGAUGACGAAAAGACAUUGAAAUUGUCUGUGCAGCAUAGUGAUAAACACUGAGCAAUGACAGGAAGAUAAAGGUUAGGUUAUCUUUUGCUUGAAUCAUGAUAAUGUCGUUAUGUAUUGCUUAGCCUUGAAUGACGAUAAAGCCAUUGUAAGUGCUUUUAGAUUUGGAACAAAAUGUUUAUUUAUAUACUGUGUUAUAUUUCUGCCAUUGUCAGGACUUAAUGGACUUACUGUACCGUCUGAGAGAACACAUUCUGCCUGCUCUCACACCAUGUACUGUAUGUAUUUUGAUAUACUGUUUUAUAUUUUAUACAAUUAAAUCUACAGUUGGAUUCUUA